AUGACGUUUAAGACGUUCAUUUUGCUUGGUCUUUUGCUUGGUUCGGUUCUCUUCAUUUCUUCACUAGGGAAAGUUUAUGGGGAGAUUGCAGAAGACACGACUAAAGGCAUCAACCAAGGAGGUAGGGGAGGUGGUGGAGGAAGAGGUGGAGGAGGAGGAGGUCGAGGUGGUGGAGGAAAAGAUGAAGUACCUGCCUUUGACAUCAACCAAGGAGGUAGAGGAGGUAGUGGUGGUGGUCAAGGAGGAGGACGAGGUGGUGGUGGACAAGGAGGAGGAAGAGGUGGUGGAGGCAGCGAGGAAGAAGUUUUAGACAUCAACCAAGGAGGAAGAGGAGGCGGUGGCGGUCAAGGAGGAGGAAGAGGCGGUGGCGGUCAAGGAGGAGGUGGAAGCGAAGAAGUUUUAGACAUCAACCAAGGCGGAAGAGGGGGUGGCGGCGGUGGUCAAGGAGGAGGAAGAGGCGGUGGUGGUCAAGGAGGAGGAAGAGGUGGUGGAGGUAGAGGAGGAGGUGGAAGCGAAGAAGGUUUAGACAUCAACCAAGGAGGAAGAGGGGGUGGUGGUGGUGGACAGGGAGGAGGAAGAGGUGGUGGAGGCAGAGGAGGAGGUGGCAGUGAGGAAGAAGUCUUAGACAUUAACCAAGGAGGACGAGGCGGCAGCGGUGGUGGACAAGGAGGAGGAAGAGGCGGUGGUGGACAAGGAGGAGGAAAGGGUGGUGGAGGUAGAGGAGGAGGUGGAAGCGAAGAAGUUUUAGACAUCAACCAAGGAGGAAGAGGGGGUGGUGGUGGUGGACAGGGAGGAGGAAGAGGGGGUGGUGGUGGUGGAAUGGGAGGAGGAAGAGGUGGAGGAGGCAGAGGAGGAGGUGGCAGCGAGGAAGAAGUCUUAGAUAUUAACCAAGGAGGACGAGGCGGCGGUAGCGGUGGACAAGGAGGAGGAAGAGGCGGUGGUGGACAAGGAGGAGGAAGGGGUGGUGGAGGUAGAGGUGGAGGGGGCAGCGAGGAAGAAGUCUUAGACAUUAACCAAGGAGGAAGAGGCGGCAGCGGUGGGCAAGGAGGAGGAAGAGGUGGUGGCGGCGGUGGGCAAGGAGGGGGGAGAGGUGGUGGAGGGAGAGGAGGAGGUGGUAGCGAGGAAGAAGUGUUAGACAUCAACCAAGGAGGAAGAGGCGGCGGUGGUGGACAAGGAGGUGGAAGAGGCGGCGGUGGAGGUGGACAAGGAGGAGGAAGGGGUGGUGGUGGAGGAGGCAGAGGAGGAGGUGGAAGCGAAGAAGAAGUCUUAGACAUCAAUCAAAGUGGAGGAGGUAGCCAAGGGGGAGGUAGAGGAGGCGGCUCUGGAGGUAGCCAAGGAGGAGGUAGAGGAGGCAGCUCUGGAGGUAGCCAAGGAGGACGUAAAGGAGGGGGCUCCGGUGGUGGCCAAGGUGGAGGUAGAGGAGGCAGCUCAGGAGGAGGUCAAGGUGGAGGAGGUAGUAGAGGAGGCUCUGGAGGUGGCAGGGGGGGAGGACUGAACUAA